UAGAUUGAAAGUAAUUGAAGUUAUAAACAUGCAGCUUUUCACACGAGUUAUCCUGUUGGCCGUGACCAUUUUCAGCGUCAGUGCCGUGCCGCGUUUUGGAGAAGAUAUUGGUCUGGAGGAGGUCCUAUUCCGCAUGGUCCUUGGUGAGGCUGAGGGUCGAGGUCUGACUCCUGCUGCCCAGACUUGUGCCAACAUCUACCUGAACACCACCCAGAAGAACGGCGAUAAGUUGGCCAAUGCCACCAAUGCUUGCGAGGAGGCAGCCAAUCGCACCAAUGUCGCCUACACCCAGACCAGCAACUCCACCAUCAACCAGAUCCGUCUCCAGUUGUUGACCCUGGAGCAGAACCUGCAGCUGUGCCGCAACGAGACCGAUUCGGCUAUUUUCCUGAACUGCACUGUGUCCACUUUCGACAAGAACCUCCAGCUGCUGGACACCUCCAACUCGCAGGCCUACCGUGCUCAGUCCCAGUUCGUUUCCAAUGCCACUCAGAUGAAUGCCGAGAAAUCGAACUGCAUCAGCUCCGCUGUUAGCGAGGCCAAGGUUCAGUCCAUCCAGGCGGCCAACGACUUUAAUUCGUGUCUGGACAAGAUCCCAGCCCAGCGUGAGGUGCCACAAAAGAUGGAGCAGCAGCUGAGAGAGCAGCAGCAGGAGAAGCCCACCCAGAUAACCAAAGAGCAAGUGUCUGCGAAGCCACAGCUGAUGUUCGAAGAUCUGCCUUUGACCAACUAAGUUCAGAGAUAAAUAAUUAUUAAAAUGCUUAACUUCACAGAGAUCAAUCAUUGGGUUUACUUAGAAAUCUUUAACAAUCAAUAUAGGGGGCUUUAUUUGUAUCGAAUAAGACUAGGUAUUUCUUUUAUUACUUUACAUUAUCAGUUCGAUUCGGUUUUUUCCUUAGAACUUUCGCCAAAAAGUUUCCCUUCAAGCCCUCUGAGAACAUAAAUCGGUGGAGUUUCCCAAACCCCUAAAAAGCUUACUCACCGAUUGAAAGACUUUCUGCUACUUCACACCCAGUUCCGUAUUCGUAGACCUUUAUCAUGAUGAUGGCACUUUGCCCACUCAUUGUUAUCAUCAAUUAGAAUGCUUAAGACUUAUCACCUGGCCGUCCGACCAUUUAGCUGAUUGCGCUGGGCCCCUAAACAAUUAUAGAUAAAUGCAAUUUAAUAAUGGAGAAUAAAAAC